AUGGCGACAGUCAAAGAAAAGAUUCAGGCUUUAAGUCCUGAUCAAAGAUUCAUAUCAUUUGAGUUUUUUCCACCUAAAACGGAUUCAGGAUUUCGAAAUUUGUUGGCUAGAUUGAACAGAAUGCUGGCAUUAAAUCCCUUGUUCAUUACAGUAACUUGGGGUGCCGGUGGCUCUACAAGUGAGAAAUCUUUGGAUUUAGCAUCCAGCUGCCAAAAGGAUUUAGGAAUUACCACUGUUUUGCAUUUAACUUGUACGAAUACCAAUAGAGAGACUAUUGACGAUGCAUUAAAGAAAGCAAAAGAAAGUGGUAUUAGAAACAUCCUUGCUUUACGAGGCGACCCUCCACGAAACGAAGAAUACUGGACACCACAGUGUGAGUUCAAUAAUGCAGUGGAUUUGGUAAAAUAUAUCAAACAGAACUAUGGUGACUAUUUUUGUAUUGGUGUUGCAGGAUAUCCAGAGGGCCAUGUUGAUGGGACUGAUAACUCAGGUCAAGAUCCAAUGAAGGACAUUCCUUUUUUGUUAGAAAAGGUUAAGGCUGGAGCGUCCUUUAUAAUCACCCAAUUAUUUUACGAUGUCGAAAAGUUUGCCGAGUAUGAAAAACUCCUCGAAACAUAUCCAGAAUUAAAGGAUAUAGCAUUGAUCCCUGGUUUAAUGCCGAUCACUACCUACAAUGUAUUUACCAGAGCAGCGAAAUUGUCUCACGCUUCCAUUCCUCCCUCCAUUCAAAAAAAGCUUUCUAGUACCAAUAAAGAUGACGAUUUGGUUAAAAGCAUAGGUGUUGAAAUUUUAUCUGAUAUGAUCGAUGAUAUUGAUGCAAAAGUUGGGAACUAUGUGAAAGGGUACCAUUUCUACUGCUUAAAUUUAGAAAAAGCUGUUGUUUCUAUAAUCGAAAGAUCGCAAGUGUUAAAUUCGGUAACUCACUCACUGAGCAGCUCCUCUGGUAAUGAAGAAGCCGUAGGCUCUGAUUCAGAAACUGAAAUGCAAUCACCAGUUACUAAGCAAAGAAGAAGAUCAUCUGUGGUGAACGAAAAUGGUCCUGCGAGCAAGCUGCUGGCUGCUUUUGGUGGCCCCACAGCGUCCAAAAAAAAUGUUAUAAAUAAGCCUCUUCUUGGUAGAAAACAAGUGCUAGUAGACAUUAGCACAGGAAGAGGUGCAUUAGGCAAAGAUGCAACAUGGGACGACUUUCCUAACGGUCGUUUUGGUGACUCCAACUCCCCAGCUUAUGGUGAAAUUGAUGGAUAUGGUCCAUCAUUAAAGAUUAAUUCACCUCAAGAGGCAAUUGCUAAAUGGGGUGAACCUAAUCUGAUAAAAGAUGUUAUCAAAGUGUUCAUUAAUUAUCUUUCAGGAAAAAUACAUUUAUUGCCGUGGGUAGAUUCAGAAUUGUCAGCGGAAACUGCAAUAAUUCAAGAAGAACUUUUCGAACUAAACAAUAAAGGUUGGUUUUCUCUUGCAUCUCAGCCCGCAGUCGAUGGAUGUCCCUCUUCUGAUAAGUUUUUUGGAUGGGGUCCUCGAAAUGGAAUUGUUUAUCAGAAACCAUUCGUUGAACUCUUUGUACCUAAGGAUGACUGGAAUAAUGUCUUGAAGCCAAAAUUACAAUCUUAUUUAAAAGACCGAACUAUUACGUAUUAUCUAGGUGAUUCUAAAGGAAAGCUUUCUUCCAACUUACCUUUGGGACCCGAUACCCAGAACAGCAAAAAUGCUGUUACAUGGGGAGUCUUUCCACUGAAAGAAGUAUUACUGCCUACAAUUAUAGAUGUGGAGUCGUUUAAGGCUUGGAAUGAAGAAGCAUUUAUUUUGUGGUUAGAGUGGGCUCGCUGCUACAAAAAAGAUUCGAAACCUUACGAAUUAUUAUCUUAUAUUUACAACAACUAUUACCUUGUGAGUUUGAUACAUCACGAUUAUAAAAAAGAGCAUGCUUUAUGGGACAUCUUGUUGAGCUAG